UUUUCCCUCACUCCUUUGAACUUUCCUUCUCAUUUUCUUCCCAAACAUGAAUCAUCUAAACCUUUCCGUUACUUUCUCCAUCUCAGUCAUAAUAAUAACAGUUUUUCAGAACAAUAUUUUAUUGCAUGUCAAAUCCUCAACUCCUUCAGAUAAUCAAUAUUCUUUCUUUGAUAUAAGCACUCUCGCUUCCUCGCCGUUGCAGUCCGGCAACAACAAGAACAAAUCGUGCACUUCACGGCCGACGUAUUUCCGCUGCCAGGUAUGGACACAGGACUGCUCCGAUGAGGUUUUGGCCCUGGCUCGCUGGCCGGAGAACGUCAAUUGGUUGAAAACUGUGAGGAGAAAAAUUCACCAGCACCCGGAGCUUGCUUUUGAAGAAUAUGAAACAAGUAAGUUGGUCCGGGCUGAGUUGGAUCGGAUGGAAAUUAAAUAUAAAUAUCCGUUGGCCAAAACGGGUAUUCGGGCCUCUAUUGGGACCGGAGGCCCGCCGUUUGUGGCCAUCAGAGCUGAUAUGGAUGCACUUCCUAUUCAGGAGGCUGUUGAGUGGGAAUAUAAAAGCAAAGUUGCUGGAAAAAUGCAUGCUUGUGGACACGAUGCACAUGUUACAAUGCUCAUCGGUGCUGCCAAGAUCUUGAAGAGCCGUGAACAUCUUUUGAAGGGAACUGUAGUACUGAUAUUUCAACCAGCAGAGGAAGCUGGAAACGGUGCAAAACGGAUGAUUGGAGACGGGACUCUUGAAGAUAUAGAGGCCAUAUUUGCAGUUCAUGUAUCUCAUGAGCAUCCAACUGGUGUCAUUGGCUCAAGGCCUGGUCCUUUGUUGGCUGGCUGUGGCUUAUUCAGAGCCGUGAUUAGUGGAAAAAGAGGCCACGCCGGGAACCCACACCACUCAGUUGACCCCAUCUUAGCAGCCUCCGCUGCUGUAAUCAGCUUACAAGGCCUUGUUUCUCGUGAAGCUGAUCCACUGGACUCACAGGUUGUCUCAGUAACUUCAUUCAAUGGAGGGAAUAAUCUGGACAUGAUUCCUGAUACAGUUAUUAUUGGUGGAACCUUCAGGGCUUUUUCUAACACUAGCUUCUACCAACUUCUCCAAAGAAUACAAGAGGUGAUUGUGGAGCAGGCCAGUGUUUUCAGAUGCUCGGCAACAGUUGAUUUCUUUGAAAAGGACUCCACAAUAUACCCCCCUACGGUGAACAACCAGCGCAUGUACGAGCAUGUGAAGAAGGUUGCCACCGAUUUGUUGGGUCCACUGAACUACAGAGUGGUUCCACCCAUGAUGGGGGCUGAGGACUUCUCCUUUUACUCGGAGGUGAUUCCUGCAGCUUUCUUCUACAUUGGAAUUAGGAACGAGUCAUUGGGGUCAAUACACACAGGCCACUCCCCAUACUUUUUGAUCGAUGAAGAUGCUCUACCCAUAGGCGCAGCAGUUCAUGCUACUAUAGCAGAAAGAUAUCUUUAUGAGCAAGGAAAAAGUCGGGGACUUUAAGCUGCAGCUUUUGCUACUAAUGCGGUAAGUUUUAAACUUGACUAGCAAGAGAAUAGUAUUUGAAAAAAAAAAAAAAGUGCUCUGCUUUUUUCCAGUGCACUUGGCGACGUUAAUCUACUACAUAUUUGAAGGUCAGGCCAACGGCCUUGGUUUUUUCGGUGUACUUGGGUUAUGGGAUAUGCAAGGGCAAGAUUUUCGUUGGAAUUGUAGAUGAACAAGACAAUCUUCUGGUGUUGUAAUACUUACCGCAUGUUUUAUAUAUACCCGUAGUUUGAUUUCA